UCGAGGACCACAUCCAAGAUUAGCGAAACUUCCGGAGUAGGCCAAGAGCUUAUCUUAUCGUUACAUCGCACGCGACACAUUCCUGGGUAGGUACCUCCGCAACUACAGUCUGUGAGACUUUCCCUCACCUCGAGGCAUUAAUUGGAGCCUGGCUGUCUCUCGUCUCAUGGAGACUCGUCUAUACUUACCUACACUACGUCUCGACUACGGAAACAUCAAGAUCUGGCUCUUUCACGCGCACAAAUGGCGGAGAGCGGCCGGGGGCGUGAGACUUUUGACAUCUCCGACAACGACGGCCUGUACCACCGUCCUCCGUCUUCUUCGCCAUCUAGGCUCACACGUUUCACCGGCCCGUUAAUCAACUAUGUCCGAAACGAAUGGAAAUCAAGCGCAAAAUAUACCCAGCUUCCUUCCUCCUCGGACCGUUCCGACCCCCGGCAAUGGGUACAGAUGAUCACGUCAGUCGUCACGGUGCCACGAUUCCGACGAUACGCGAUCGUAUGCCUCAGUUUUGCUAUCUUUUGCGUCCUCGGUUGGCAUUAUAUUCUGUCCCCAAGGCUAGAAGAGAGGUCGGCGAUCCUGAAUUCCCUGGAUCCGAUGCAGGAGGAUGUCGUCGGGGGUUGGUUUGGUGCCAAUGCGCUACCGCAGUUAGAAAAGGUGGUUCAGUUGCGAGAGUUGAAUAAAACGCUCCUACCCGCUGCUAUUGUACCCGAGGAUGAUAUGCCGAGUGAGAGACGGCUGAUAUUCAUUGGGGAUGUGCAUGGGUGCAAGUCCGAGUUGGAAAAUUUACUUGACAAGUUAUCUUUCAACGCGACCCAUGACCAUCUAGUCUUCACCGGUGACUUGAUCAAUAAAGGGCCCGAUAGCCUGGGGGUUGUCGAUCUAGCGCGAGAAUAUAACGCCUCUUGUGUUCGCGGCAACCAUGAAGACCGAAUCUUAACACUCCGCAACGACAUGCUCGAAUCAAACAUCACCGAUGAUUCAUUCAAUGACAAAUCCCGCGAACUUGCCUUACAGCUGAGCACCGGCCAAGCAGAAUGGCUCAAUGCCUGUCCCGUAAUCCUCAACGUUGGCCAAAUCACCGAGAUGGGCCAAGUUGUCGUCGUCCACGGCGGCCUCGUUCCGGGCGUCGAUCUGGACAGGCAGGAUCCCUAUAGUGUCAUGAAUAUGCGCACCGUCGACCUAGAAACGCACGUACCCAGCUCAGCGCGAGACAAGGGUGUAAAGUGGACCAAACUGUUCAACAAACACCAAUCCCUUGCCCUUCAAUCCAAAAACAGCAUCAUGACAGUAAUCUACGGCCACGAUUCUAAAUCAGGCCUCUCUCUGAAGGAAUACACCAAGGGCCUAGACUCGGGAUGCGUGAAAGGCGGCAAACUAACCGCGCUUGUUGUCUCCGAUGGUGGGCACCAAGAAAUCGUACAGGUGAAAUGCUCCAAGCAUCAGAAAGACAAGAAUUAACAUUUUCUGACUUUACAUUUUUUUGCGUCAACAUUGCAUACUACUGUUGUUUAAUAUUAGCGUUGUGGAUUCUUCGGUCAUGGUAUAUCGGUCUUUUGUUCACUUUGAGAUGCGUUGUACUGGAAUGCACAUAUACGUUUUGGACAGGCACUGGAAAGGUCAUAUUUGGUCUGUCUUUGAUAGAGCGUGUUAUGGAGCCUGGAGCCUGGUGUUCUCGGUCUAGAAGAUAUAAAUAUAAUUAAGGGGCUGAACUCAAUCACAUAGCCCAGGCCUGUUAUACAUUUACAGCAUUGGCAUCAUAU